GUGACGUCAGCCGCCGGGCUCCAGCUCCCCGCUCUUGGCCGCAGUCGGAGUCCGGGCACGGUGCGGGCGACCAUGGGCUGCGGACGGCUGGGAUCCCUCGCGCUGGGCUGCCUCCUGCUCGCCAGCUGCUGCGGCAAAGGAGAAGCAGAAGCAAAUGUGGAAAUUUUUAUGCCAGAUGUGGUAGAAGCAGAAGUUGGGGAAACAGCUGUAAUUAGCUGCCAGUUCUCUCUCCCGGAAAACAGCAGCUAUGCUUACGUCAACUGGUACUCUAGGGAAAAAACCUCACGGAAGAAAAUCAUCUACCUGCUGCAAGACAAGGAAUUCUGGGAAGAGGGCCAGUACAAGGACCGUCUGAACAUCGCCAAGAAUUUUUCCCUCGUCAUCCAGAGGGUCUCUCCCCAGGAUGCAAAGACAUACAUCUGCCAGGUGGGGCUCGGCAGCCUUGGCGUGGGCGAGAACCGGACCAAGCUGCAGGUCUCGAAAGCCCCAGAGGCGCCUGAGGUCCAGCAGGUGGAGGGCGGACUGGAGGCCUCCAACCCCAAGGUCCAAGAGGUGGCAGCGUGCAUCGCCCGCAAUGGCUUCCCAUCUCCGAGCAUUGCGUGGUACAAGAAUGGGGAACGCCUGCGCCCUAAAGAUGAAGAAAUAGGGAUCCACGCUACCGUCAUCACGGAAUCCAGCGGGCUGAUCACCGCUCGCAGCAUGCUUUCAGCACGAGUUGUCAAAGAGGAUCGCGAGGCCCAGUUUCACUGCCAAGUCACUUAUACCCUGAUGGGGACUAACAGGACCGUCAAGUCAGAGAGCUUCAAAAUCAACGUUUUUUAUCCCACCCAGAACCUCAGUUUUGUGCUUGACAGACCAAACCAGGAGGUGAAGGAGGGCGAAAAUGUGACAUUGCUCUGUGACGGUGAUGGGAACCCACCCCCUGAAUACACUUUAUUCAAGGAGGAGGACAGUGCGUACUCGCCCCCAGAUGGGAAGCUGUCCUUUCCCAGUGUGACAAGAAAUGACAGUGGCGUCUACUGGUGCAGAGCCCUUGAUUUGCAGACUCUUGAGGAGCUGGUAGCCUCGGUGGAUCUCUUGGUAAACUACCUCGACGUGCCCUCAAUCUCCCCAGCUGGACCCCAGGAGCCAGCAAAAGGGGACGACCUGCUCCUGACCUGCUACUCAACAGGAUCCGGACCCUUGAAAUUCCAGUGGCAGAAGAAAGGGAAGCCCGUUGCAGACGGUGCCAUCCUGAACUUGACUAACAUCUCCUACGAGAAGACGGGCAACUACACCUGUGUGGUGAUGAUGCCGGACUUCCCUGAUUUGGUGCGCACCAGGCACAUCUUUGUGGCUGUUCGAGCGGAGCCCCAGAAGGUGCCACUCAAGCAGAAGAUGACAGUGCAGGAAGGGGAGACGGUGGACCUGACAUGCAGCUUCCACUCGGUGCCUCCAGUCAACAUCACCUGGAGUACAAAUAACGGCACGGAACGCACAUCCAAACGGAAAUACCAGUAUAACAGCACUCUCUCAAUUUUGGUCACCGACGAACUCCUGAAAUCAGGCAUCAGUUGUACUGCUAAAAACGAGUUGGGUUCCAGCGACCAGCACUUCCAACUCCGGCUGGAACCAGAACACCGUCCUGGCAGCACCGAGCCUGUACUGCAGGAGAGCAAAGGGGUUAUCAUCGUGGCUGUCAUCGUCUGCCUGAUGGUCAUCGCCACCCUGGGGGCUGUCCUUUACUUCCUGCACAAGAAAGGCAAACUGGCUUGUGGGCGCUCUGGCAAGCAAGAAAUCACGAGGCCCGAAGCACAUAAAGACGAGAUUGUAGUUGAAGUAAAGUCAGAUAAGCUUCCUGAAGAGGCUGGCCUUCUGCAGGGCGCCAACGGUGAGAAGAGAUCGCCAGGUGACCAGGGAGAGAAAUACAUCGAUCUGAGGAACUGAAGAGCGCCAGCCAUUUUCUUCUGAUUUUCUCCUGCCCCCUCUAAACAUUCCCCCACACCAGUCAUUCAGACACGCAGAAACCACCACACAGGAUGGGCCCGGGGAAGAAGACUCUGCAAUCUUGCCUUCUGUCCUUUCAAGGAUGACAUGAUUAUUCAGAGAUGACAAGAAAGGAAAGGUGGUUUGAUGCAUUGUUAUUUCAGAGCAUUUGUCUCAAGGAGAUGGUGGGUAGGCAGAUCUGUGCUGUGCAAUGUACGUUGUGUGUUUGCAUUCCAGGUUUUAGUAAAAAGGGAACAAAGAUUUUAAGUUGGCACAACUUAAUACUGGCCAAGCCAGGCAGGUCAGAAUUAAGCUAUUACCGCUGUUUUUUAACACCCAACUUGUAAAGCUGGAGCACCGGAGAAUGGCUAAGGAGCUUUAUUUCCGGUAAGAAUGUAAAAAGUUCACUUAAAGGUAUGUGCAAGGAUGGAAGGGUUGAAGGCCAAGCUGAACAGAAAGCCUGGGUCUCAGAGUGAAAAAGGAGGAAGCAAAUUUAAACGUUUUGCUUAAGGACACUUGCUAGGGAAUUUGUUCUGCUGAUAAGUGAAUAUGCCCAAGAUGCAGCAUAAUCUUGCCAGGGGGAAUGUUCUUGCCAUGCUUCUUACUUACAAAAGGAAUCAAGCAGUGUUUUUCAAACUUGGCAACUUUAAGAAUUCUUGAAGUCUACACAUCUCAAAGUCACCAAGUUUGAAAAACACUGAAAUAAGGGUUUUUGUUUGUGUGUACAAACUGUACAGUCACGUAUUUUUAACCAGAGAUCUGUGGUUAGUCCUCUCCUCCCUCCUGCCCAAAAGAAGUCCCCGCUCAGUUCCACAGCUCCUGUCACACUUUUUGCUAAGACCCUUGGCAGCACCCACCUCUCCCUUGGCUGCAACGAGAGAGAACGGGGAUUGGAGAGGCAGUUCUUCAGUUUCUGUUCGGCUCAUGCUUGGAGGAAGAAAAACAGACCGCUGCCACUGCCAGAGACUGAGUGCAAAGCAAGCUGUUGUGUUCAGCUGCUCCAGUGUGUUGACUGUCUCGAACGCGGAGGUCAGAGAAGUC